UAACUUUAGGGAAAACUGUUAUCGAUAAAAAUAUAAAAUUUAAUUUUCAAUUGAAGGAGAAAAGUCGGAAAAAUGUCUGCGGAGCCUGCCAAAACUUUAGAGGAGCCUUUGGCCAAACAAUUUGGAGAUGGCUUCAAUGGGAACCUAAAGAACGAUGUCGAAAAUGAAAAAGUGAAAAAAAUGAAGGAGAUCCAAACGGCGGAGGCCUCCAGUACCGAGGAGGACACCAGGACGAAGAAGCGUUCGCAGAUUAGGCGUCGGGAGUUGGACAGCCAGCGGGCUGGGGACAAAAGAGCUGAUGCGUUGGGUCGCCUAAAGGCUACGCGGGAUCACAAACAGAACAAGGAGAAGGACUUCGAGAAAAGUGCAGAGCAGGCAGCGGAUUGCGAGGUUCAAAAGCAGAGUAACAAUCCAUCCGAUGUGUUCUCGACUAGCAGUGACAGUGAGUGUGAACCGCAGGACGGACCACAGGAGGACGAGGAAUUAGUAGCAACUUUGCAGCAGUUGAGACCUGCGGUCCUCACCAGAGGCCAAAUGGAGAGCUUUCUGGACAAGCCCAUCUUCGAAGAGACUGUAGUGGGUGCCUAUGUGCGAAUACAUUAUGAAAAAGACUAUGAUAUCUUCCGGAUUAUAGCCCUAAACACGGGCUCUACCUUCUACCAACUGGGCAGCAAGCGGACUAAUUGGCUAUUGGUUAUAAAGCAGAGCGACCUGCGUCUUGAAAUCUGCAUUAACGUGGUUUCCAACCGUCCAGUUACCCAAAUGGACUUUGAUUUCUGGGUGAAGCGUGGUUUUCUCGAACUGCCAACAAUUUCCGAAAUCGCCAAAAAGAAAAAAGAAAUCGAAAAGGCCUUAGAAUACUGCUUCUCUGAAGCAGAUGUGGAAAAGCUGGUGCAAGCCAAGAAUUCUCUCGGAAAAGCUCAGAGGCCCGCAAUCAAAAAACUAAAACUCAUGACAGAAAGAGAGAAGGCAGCGGGUUUAAACGAUUUGGCGAAGGUUAAGGAACUGGAGAAGCAGAUCCAGGAGAUCGACGAGCAGCCCAGCAAAAGGGUUCAAAAUAACCGGGAGCAUCUGGUGCAGGUCCUUGGUGCACAGCACGUGGCCCACGUGCCCACAAUUUACCGGCAAGACAAGCGAUCUCUGGUGGACCGUGUUCCCAAGACCGAGGAAUCCGGCCUGGAGCAGUAUAUGCGGCGUACAUACAACAAGAGUGCGGUCGUAAGUCGCAGUCGAGUGGAAGUCGAAGCAGAAAGUUUGGAGGAGGCAACCCCUAUAUCUGAUCCCCCAAAUGAUUCCAACGAAAAAGACGUACAGGAAGAGGCUCCAGAUCUGGAUUUGUUUCAGCUGCACAACUUCAAAGUGGUCGUAGACACCUCGGGAUUAGUUCCCUUCGGCAAAAUCUUUCCGAAUAUUUAGCUAAUCAGCGCCUCGAAAAGACUACUGAAAUAAAUUCUGCAGGUUUAUAAAUUAUUUGUUACA